AUGCCCGAGUGUGUGUCGGUUUCAGACUUCUUGCAGGAGGUUCAGGAGGACUGGAGCUCCCCCACCACCUCCUCCUUCUCCUCCAAGAUGAUCAGCUGCAGGAACACCGUCUACCUGCUGGAGGAGGUUUUGGAUAGCGACCGGUUGGUGUUGCAGAAGAUGAAGAAAGCUGCUAAAGCCAAAUACACAUCAGGACAAGACCACGUGUCUCACCUGGAGCAGUACAUUAAUUCGAUGGAGAAGCUGUCGGUCAACUGUCACUCAAACGGGGAGUCGGAGGUCGGCUCCGCCUUCUGCCGACUGGCCGACUUCUCCAAAGAUCUCCUCUCGCCCAUGAAGAACCUGUUGAAGAGCAUGCUCCACAACAUCAACUUCUUCCUGGACUCACUGGUUAAAGGAGAUCUGAGGGAGGUGAAGGGGGAUCUGAAGAAGCCUUUUGACAAAGCGUGGAGGGACUACGAGAGCAGAUUUAAGCAGGUGGAGAAGGAGAAGAGGGAAUUGGCUCGUCAGUAUGGGAUGGUGAGGAAUGAGGUCAGCGGAGGAGAGAUCGCUGAGGAUCUCGAGAAGGAGAGACGCUCAUUCCAACUGAGCAUGUGUGAGUAUCUGAUUAAGGUCAACGAGAUAAAGACGAAGAGAGGAGUCGACCUUCUGCAGAACCUCAUCAAACACUAUCACAGCCACAACAAUUUCCUGCAGGAGUGUGUGUCCACCACUCAGAGGUUGAAGCAGUACAUGGAGGAGCUGAACGGAGUCCUGAUCACUGUGAAGCAGCGUCAGGAGGAGGAGAAGAAGCAGCUCGUGACUCUCAGAGAUCAGCUGAGGCCGGUCGUCCACACAGAGCAGCAGGACACGUUGCCUAAGCAGGUGUACAGUAUGCAUCAGCUGCUGGGAGACAAACAGUACGGGACAGAAAGAUCAGGAUUCCUCUACAAGAAGAGUGACGGGUUGAGGAAAAUGUGGCAAAAGAGGAAAUGUUCAGUUCACAACUGUUACCUGACGAUCGCUCAUGCCACUCCUAAUAAACCUCCUACCAGACUCAACCUGCUCACCUGUCAGGUUAAACCCAGUGUGGAGGACAAGAAAUGCUUCGACCUCAUCUCUCAUAACCGGACCUACCACUUCCUGGCAGAGGAUGAAGCGGAGUGUGUGGCCUGGAUCUCGGUGCUCAGUAACAGUAAGCAGGAGGCUCUCAGCGUGGCUCUGGACGGGGGGAGGGUCGGGGGGGGAGGCUGUGAGAGCAGCGUGGAGGACCUGACCCGGGCCAUCACUGAUGACAUCAGACGGUUGCCGGGCAACAACAACUGCUGUGACUGCGGAGCUCCGGAUCCUGGAUGGCUCUCGACCAACCUGGGCAUCCUGACCUGUAUCGAGUGUUCAGGGAUCCACAGGGAGAUGGGGGUCCACGUCUCCAGGAUCCAGUCUCUCAGUCUGGACAGUCUGGGGACCUCAGACCUGCUGUUGGCCAGAAAUGUUGGUAACUCUGGUUUUAAUGAGAUACUGGAGGCGAACCUGCUGAGUCCAUCGCUGAAGCCCUCCCAACACAGCCACAUGGGGGAGCGUAAAGACUUCAUCCUGUCAAAGUACCAGGAUGUUCAUUUUGUGAGGCGGAGCCACAGCUCAACUGCGGCGCUGCGACUCAGCCUGCAGGAGGCGACCAAGAGCUGCGACAUCUACAGUCUGAUUCAACUGUACGCUCAGAGGACGGAGCUCAGCCAGCCGCUGCACGCACACAUACAGGAGAGAGGGGAGACGGCGCUCCAUCUAGCCGUCCUAUUGGCUGACCGGACGUCGCUGCACAUCCUGGACUUCUUAGCUCAGAACUGCUCCGACGUGGACUCGCAGACCUCAUCAGGAAACACGGCGCUGCACUACAGCUGUCUGCACAACAAGAGCGACUGUGUGCGACUGCUGCUGAGAGCCAGGGCCAGCACACACAUGAGAAACGAGUUGGGAGAGACGGCUCUGGACGUGAGCCGCAGGUUGAAGCACGGCCAGUGUGAGGCGCUGCUGCAGAAAGCCCAGUCCAACCAGUUUGACCAUCACGUCCACGUGGAGUACGAGUGGAGGCUCCGUCAUGACGAUCUCUACGACAGCGACGAUGACUUUGAGGACAAGAACGGCCCGGUGAAGAAGGAGCGCUCCAUCUCAUCCUCCUCCUUCACCUCCUCCUUCUCCUUCAACUCGCGUGCCUUCAGCUUCAGUCAGCCCGCCUCCUCCUCCACCUCCAUCGCCCCUUCCUCCUCUGUAGUAGCCGGAGGAGGUGGAGGAGGAGGUCUGCUCAGUGUCGGGAGGAGGCUCGCCAUGGCCAUGGAGCUCCACAGUCGGCCCGCUGGCUGCGCCUCCAGCCCACCUCCUCCUCCUCCGUCCUCACCUGCGCCUCCGCUGCCCCCCAGGGUCAAAGUUCCCAACGUCCCCCCUCCGCCUCCCGCUGGGGGGGAAGGGGUUGGGGAGGAAGAGGAGGAGGAGGGGGAGGUCUUCUUCCCCCUGAUGGGAAACAAAAAGUCAACGCCUCCACCUCCCAUCGCCGUCCGACACAAGAGGAGCUGCUCCGAGUCCGGCAAGCACGAUUACGGGUUGCCAACCAGUCCAAGGAUCUACAGCGGCCCGGACUCCUCCUUUAAGAAGUGUGUUCCAUCGUCUCCUCUCAGCUCGCUGAAUGAACGACCAGAAAGAGGUUUUCGGAGAGCAGACAGUGAAAGUUGCACCUCCCACUUCCUGCACCCGGCCAGAAAAGCCCCACCCAACGGGUCUCCCACCAACCGGCGCUCUCAGAGCUUUGAGAAUGACACCCGACGCCCCACCCCACAGCCGCUUCCUCGCAGAUCAUUGCCUCGGGGUGCAACGAGCCGCCGGGUCGAGGCGCUGUACGACUGCCAGGCCGACCACCACGAUGAGCUCAGCUUCUCUGAAGGACAGGUGCUGGUGGUGCUGGGGCAGGAGGACUGUGAUUGGUGGCACGGUUACAUAGAGGAUGAACCGGACCAGAGAGGUCUGUUUCCAUCGUCGUUCGUCCAGCUGCUGUCAGACUGACAUGAACCUGGUCC